AUGAGCAGCCACGAUCAUCAAGCAAACCUGCAGGCUCAAACCUCAUCAUCGUCAAAUCCUGCUCCUUCUUCUGGAUCGCCAGCUGCUCAAACUUUGAAUUUUGAAACGUAUCUGAGAAGCUUUGAAAGCCUCAAAAACGCUAAUGACACUGUUAACCUCACAAAGUUGUUAAUUGAGUUGCGUGAUCAUUUAGAGAGUGCUUCGUUACCGGAAUGUUUUGACUUUGCUUCUACAAUGUUAAAACCAUUAUUGGAGUUCCUAAAUGAUGGAGUAAAGCCUAAAUUCAGAAAAGAUGACAAAGAUCAUCUACUUCGCCAAGUGAUCAUUGAAAUUAUUCAAAAAUUGCCACAUACAGAAUUAUAUGAAGAGAGAAAUGGAAGAAGAGAAGAACUCACUCUGCUCAUGAACUCACUAAUCAAAGUGCUAAAAACGGACAAUGAGUUGAACGGAGUUGUGGCAAUUCGACUCAUAAUUGAUAUUUACAAGAAGAAAACCAAAAGAAAUAAUUUAUCUACUGGAGAUGCCAUUAUUACAGAACCUUCAGAUCAAGCUUACGAUACGAGGGAUUAUCUAAUACCUUGCAUUGAAAGUUGCAAAUUUAUGAUAGAAUUACCUAUAUUUAUUAUAUAUUUCUUUAGAAGCAGUCCUUUGAAAGAUACAACCAGUUUUACCACACUGUUCGAGAAAGUGCAUGACAUUUUUAACUAUGACAUUGCUGUUUCUGAUGACAUUAUGGCAUCACCUAUUGGAAAGGAACGAGUGGAGGAUUUCAUGCUUUUGCGAGUGAAGACAAUAUCGUUCCUUGUUUAUACAUCCAAAUACGUCGAUAAGAAAAAUGACAAUGGCUAUGUGAAAGAUAUUCCUAGAUUUGUCAUUAAAUGCCUGAAGGAAUGUCCUGAUGAAUGUAUUACACCAAGAAAGGAAAUGUUUUUGAUUAUGAGACACAUUGUCAAUGAAAUUCCAUUGGCUCAAAACGAACUCAGUGGAAUUUGUUCUCAUUUUAUGCCCUACAUGAAUGACCUGACGAAUGACUCUGUUUUAAUUGGAAAAAGUAGAUCAGCCUAUGAAACUGUCCGUUCAUCAGCCUAUUCCACAGUUUUAGAAAUACUCAAUUUCAAUCAAAACAAGAUUGAUUUCACUCCAACACAAAUGUCUUCAUGCAUAACAUUCUGCACUAAGUUAUUAUGUGAUACCUCUCUAGGAUUAGGUAUUCAUGCACUGGCUGUGGGUUUAUUGGUUUCAUUGUCUCAAACCAUUUACAAAAAUAUUGCUGCGCAAAUUCAACAACAACAACAACCAUCAUCAUCAGAAAAUGGCAGCACCACAGAACCUCCUCCUCCUCCUAAUAAUAAUACUACUACUACUACCAACACCACCAACAUUUCAGAACUGGUGAAUAUGCCUCACAUCAUCAGGUUCAAGGAAAUACUUUUGAGUAUUAUCCGAGCAUUUGUACAGAAGGUUAAAUAUCUUUCCAAGCUCAUCAAAAAGAUAUCCAACUCAAAGAAAAAGCCAAUAUCGACUGAAAAUGCCAAUGAUAACUCUAUGAUAUUGCCAUUUAGUCCAUACAAGUUCAAUGAGAAUUUUAUGAAUGAUAUUACCUACUGCUGCACCAUGUUUAAACAUCUCAUAUUCGGUUUGAAGACGAUAGUACUUGUUUUCACCUCUGUACCAAGAGAUGAAAGAUCCAAGUUCCCAGAAUUACCACUCUUGAAUAAGCUUUUCAGAUAUGGACUUGAUUGCUUUGAUAUUUAUAACCUGGUUAGUGAAGAUACAUCGAAUGUUGAAUCAAUCACCAAACAAAAGAUUGUCGAAGAGGAGAAGGACAUUUUCAACAAUUAUUCCUCUCUUUAUACAUCUCUCUCGGCUCCACUUUUCACAGAGAUAUUUAAAACUCAAUUUGAGUAUCUCUACAAAAAGUUGUUGGAUGGAAGGCCAAUGACUUUUAUUCACAUACCAGCAAAUGUUUUAUCAUCCAAUCCAAAUAUUGCUUCUGUAUUUUCAGAGAUUUUACUUAAAUUCUUAUUGAAGAGAAUGGACAAAAUUGCAAAGGAUCGAAAAGAAGCCCAAUAUAUGCAUAAUUUAUUCAAGUUAGUUUUUGGAUCCACAGUUACCUUUCCAAAGAAUGAGUCUGUUCUCAAGAAUCAUAUGACUUCAAUUGUAACGUCAUGUUUUACAUAUGCUUCCAAAUUCAAGGAGUGCAUGGAUUAUUAUUUGAUUUUACGGUCUCUCUUUAAUUCCAUCUUAUCAGCCAAGUUUGAUUUACUUUGCAAAGAAUUUGCACAAUUACUUCCAACAGUGUUAGAAAAGCUCUCUGAUUUGGUGAACAAUGCUCACGACAGGGAAACAAGAAAUUUAUUUGUUGAACUUUGUUUGACAGUUCCAUCUAAGUUACACGUAUUAUGUCCUUACCUUCAUUUAUUGAUCAAACCAAUUCUGUAUGCUUUGCAACCUGGUGCUAGUGAGAAGGCAACGACUGCUGCAUUAAGAAAUUUGGAUUUGUGGGUAACAAGCUUACGUAAUGAAUCUUUGGAGGCAAUUUUGAAACCUGUUAUUCCAGACCUUCUCAAAGCAUUAUUUACUCAUCUAAAACCACAACAUCAUGCCAAUGGAGCGACAGCAAUGCGAUUACUUGCAAAAUUAGGAGGUACUCAUCGACAGUAUAUGAGUGAAUUGACAUCAGUCAAUACCAAGGAACAUUCAAAUUCACUCUUCUUUAAUAUUAAUUUCAAAGGAAAUAACAAUAUGAUCUUCACACAAGAUGAUGAUGAUGAAUCGAACAUGCUCCCAGCAGAUGACUUGGUAGAUUUAUCUAUUGAUAUGUGUCUAGAUCGAGAUAAUGAUAUCCAAACAAAGAAGAGCGCCUUUGAUUUUUUGAAAACGUGCAUUCUCUCAAUGAUAUCCACAACAGAAGAGAAACUUGCUGUUCCAGAUGAUUUCAAAUUUACUACCAAACAUGUGCCAAUUAAGAAAUAUUUCCACAUUUCAGCAUCUUCUCCAAAGAUUGACAAUUAUUAUCAUGAUGAAGUCAAUGUUCAAGAAUGUAAGACAACAAUGCGAUAUGAAGGUGAGAUUGCAAUGUUCAACAAGGUGUUAAAGAGUAUUUUCUUAUUCCUGAGCUAUGCUGUUAAGGAGAAUCUCACUGAGUGUAUUGAAUUUACAAAGAAUUUGAUUCGACAUUUUGCUAUUACUGCCAUUUUCAAUUCAUACAACUAUGAGGAACCUUCAAAGUUCAGAAUCAAUCAUGAUUGGUUCUAUGAAGUUCUUCUUGAUGUUUAUGAAGAAGAUUGUACUGAAGCAUCUCCAAAUGUCAAUGUUGGAGAUUUCAUUCUUGGUUUAUUCACAGAUUAUGUUUAUGAAAUUUGUAAUGACGAACCAGACUUGGUGAUCCAAUUUGGCAUUUGGGAAAGACUUCAAUCACGAUUCACAAAAUCUCUCUAUCAACCCGAAUGGUACAAGAAAUGUGUUGGUGCAAGAGGAAUUUUGUUUUUAUGUGAAAGUAUUACUCCUGUAUGGCUUGUCCAUUAUGAGAGUGAUAUGUUGAAAGGUCUAUUCUUCUCUUUGAAAAAUCCACCGAUUCAUAUGAUUCCUCACACCAAUCAAAUCACCAUCAUGGCAGCUGAGACUCUCAUUCGGUCCUGUUACCAUACUCCCUUGUUAGAUUUUACAUUACUUUUCAGCAAUAAUAUUUCUGAAAAGAUUGAAUACAUUCAAGCAGCGCAAGUUCCUUCGACUCUUGCAGAGGGUGAAUAUAUGGUCCAUGCGGAGAAAAUGGGAAAGGAUCUUGUGUUCAAGAAACGAUCACUUUUGAGCUUGAUCUGUUCUGAACUUUCCUCACCUUUAAACCACAUUCGAAAGAUUGCUCAAUCACUCUUGCGACUGAGCUCAGAUCUGAUGAACAUUCCACUCUCAUCCAUCAUUGAUCGAUUUAGACCAGAUGCUUCUCAGUCCCAAAAGGAUCAAAAAGAUGAUGGAUCUGGAAAGAAAGAUAUCGGACUCGUCACUACAUCAUUGGAAUAUUCUGUACUUCAACUUUCAACAAGAGACAAUAAUGUUCCUGGACAAUAUAUUUCCUCUCAAUUCACAAAGGCACUUAAUCUUUUGAGAAAUGAUGAACUUUAUUCAAAAGAUACCAAGGAUCAGAAAAAACUUCUCGCCGCAAAAUUGGUUGCUCUCAAGCUAUUACGAGAGGCCAUUGUCAGCAAAGAGCUUAGGUACAAUGACAAGGACAGUAAUAAGGAUCAACUCAAAAUCAUGAUUGAAACUAUUUGCAAAUUUUUGGUGGCCAAUAACAAGGAUGUCGUGACCAUUGCAAAAACUGCACUACUGACAUACAUGUCACAAUUCAAACCACCCAAAGACUCUCUUCAACAAGCAUUGAGACAACUCAGCACCAAUUUACUCUCGAAGGCAGCAUCUACUCUCUUAGAACAUUUAAAAAAGUGGGCCGACAAGCAACAAAUCAAACACAUCUCGAAUCAAAAAGAAAAACCAGUCGUUGCUGCUGAAAUUGUUGCCCUAUUUUCAAUCAUUCCAGAUACAUCCGAUCAUUUACCAGCACUCGUCAAGUUGGUUUUACUCUUAGAAUCGGUUUGGGCUGACGAAAUUAAGAGCUUGAAUCCUUUUGUUGCUCCAUUAGCCAAGUAUUUGAACAUUUAUCCAGAACAGGCCAUCAGGUUCUUAUUUGAGACAAGUGGAGAACAAUUCUGUUAUGCUCUCUCCACAAAGAGAACUCUGAAAGUUAUUAUAGAGGUUCUAAACUCGAGAAAAGCCACUAACUUGAGAGCGUAUCUAUUUGCACAUCCGAAUGUCAUCGCCAAUCUUUUGAGUAGCGUGAAUCAUGUGGAAUUUACUGAGAACCAGUCGUUUGCUUCUGAUCCAAACAAUGUUCUCAUAUUGGUAGGAAAUAUUUUCAAACUCAAUCCAACUUUAUUUGCUGCACACCGUGAAAUAUUUGAUCAAGUGCUGAGAAUAUGGACUCUCUAUUUACAACAAUUGGCUCAAAAUCCAAAUGCUAUGGAUCUCUCUUCAGAUACAACAACAACAUCAAAAGGCCAAUAUAUAACGGAGACUCAACGCAUUCGUUUUACCAAAAAAUUACUCAAACUAAUGAUUUCCUACUGCAACAAUAAUGAGAAUGAAGUGGAUACCUUAUUUAACAUGGUGAAAGUAUUCAGUUGUGGACUAGUUAUGGAUUUGAGCUUUGUGAUGGAGUUCUUUGAACUUCAAGUGGGAGGUGAAUACAAUCUCAAGAGACAAGAAGCCAUUUUGAACAAAUUUUUGGAAGAAUUCAAAAAAGAGGGAUCGUUCCAAAUGAAAUCAGACAUUAUCAAACAUAUUGCCAUUCCUAUUGUUAGGGGUAUUGCUAAGAAAGAAAAACUUAACACCGAUUUACUUCGUAGAUUUAUUGAUGAAAAAGUUCUCUUUUCUUCUACUUUUGCUCAUUUCACAGAAAAGGAAAAAUAUUCAAUCAAUACGGAUUUGCUACAAUUGCUUACAUUAUUUGUAAGAUUUCUCCCUUCAACUCAACUUGAUGUUUUAAAGAAAGAGAAGAAUAUUUUCAAAUUUUGUUAUGACAAUUGUUGUAAGGAUGAUAUUACUGCAGCCCAAUGUGCAUUCGUUCUGUUUGCUCAUUUAAUGAGUAAACUUGAUCUCCCUCCCAAAUUGAUUCAACCCGUAUAUAUUGCAUUCUUAAAGGAUUGCAAGAAGGAUAGUAAAUCUUUGGUACUUCCUGCACUCGAUAUGGUCAUGCAGCCAGUCAAAAAGGCAGAAUUGGCAAAUGAACCUAAAAAGUUCCCUCAAUGGAUUAGAUCCACAAAACAAACAUUAUUAGAUGAUAUGCCAUCUACUCAUCAAUUGGCAAACAUUUGGACCAUAUUUAUCAGACAUGCUGAUUCAUUUUAUGAUUCCAGAGAAUGUUUUGUUUACAAGAUGAUUAAUGCUCUUUCAAAAAUUGGUUACUCUUCCAUUAAUCUUGAGAAUAAGAAACUUUACAUUCAAUUAGCGGAUGUCAUUAUUUCUUGGGAAGAGAGAGCAGCUAAAAAGAGACUCUAUGGAGAGGAGGAUGAUAAUGAAAAGAAACGAAAGGUCGAACAGACCGAUCUAUCAUCCGAUGACAGCGGAGUCAAAAAACGAAAGGUCGAUGAAGAAACUUCACUUUCUCUCUCUCCAAUUGCAUCAUCAUCGACUCAUGAAUUUACUCUAAAACCUCAAUCCAGAGGAAUUGUUUUGAACUUUCUUAUUAGAAUGUGUAUCUUUGUGAGCCAAACGAGAUCAGAAAAGCCACAAGCUCUCUAUAAGGAAUGUAUUCAAAUUUUAAAACGUUCUCUCCAGUUGUGGAAAGAUGAACCUGUUUCAUUGACUCAAGCAGAAAAAUUCUUCCCCAACUCGGAAGAAAGUGCACCUACGAUUGGUUCAUUCACACUAUCUUGUAUACUUGAGUUGAUGAAUUUACUUGUGGAAAUGAAUAGAGAUACCAUUCAGUUGAAUGCUCAAUUUGCCAAGAGAUUAAUUCCAUUCCUCACUACUCCCUACGUGGAUGUGAACAGAAAUGUUUGCAUAUUUUUUAAAACACUUUUCAAACAUUUCGAUCCUCUCAAAUCCAAUGACAAGGAUGUGAAAGAGUUUUAUGAAACUAUUUGGAAUUCUGUGAAAGAAACCAUUACGAAAUAUGCCGCUAAAGAUUUGCCACAACCAGCUGGAAAUCCAUUGAUUGAUAUAUCUCAACAUUUGGUGUAUGGAUCAUUUGGACAUUUGCUUCUCUUACAUGUAUUAUGUGAACAUUAUCGCAAUGAUGAAAUCAAACAAAACUAUUCAAAACCAGUAUGUUCAAUGUUGGGAAAGGCACUUAAGAAUGUACCUCCAGCAUCUCAAGAGAGUUCUUGGAGAGAGGUUUGUUUGGGAUAUAUUGAAUUAUGUCUUUCCUUCCUUGCAGAUGGAGUUAAUCACGAGGCAGUAUUCAAACAUUAUGGAUCAUCAAUCUAUCAGAUAAUUGAAAAGGCAGAGACUUAUAGUUACAAUAUUCUUCAUCUUGUUAUGGAUAUUGUUCUCAACUGGUUACGAACAAAUCCAUCCUCUGAACUACAAAGAAGUUAUACCUUACAACUUGAUGAUGGAUUACAAACAACGACACUCAGCAAACGAUACAAAAUACAAGAUCUUCAGAAGGCGAAUCUCCUUGCUCGGUUGGGUUACUUGAGUGAACAAUCUCAAUCGAGUGAAUUGGUUAAGAAUUUAGGAAUUGAAAAUUUCAAUCAAUUCAGAAGAGAGUACUUUAAUGUAGUGGCUGAAUUGUAUCAACAAAUUGAUGAAAUUUCAGAGAUUAGUUAUGCAAAGAAGAUUGAAUCUUGCUUUAUGGCCGGUCUAAAGAUUGAAUCAAAAGAUUUGAGAGACAUCAAAUUAAGAUUUAUUUCUAUUCUUAAUCAAAGGAUUGAAAAAACAGUACAAAAGAGACUUCAAUUUGUGAUUGAUCAUCAAAAAUGGGAACCAUUGAGUGAUCGGUUUUGGAUUAAGCAUGCCUUAGAGUUGCUUCUUGAAUCCAUUGAACAAGAGGAAAAAUUAACAUGCCAUCCCAAGAUGGCUAAAUUCCCACCUAUUUCUACUAAACCUGUCAUGACAAGUGCCAGAGGAGAAUCCAUUCAUGUUACCUCGACUGCAGCUUUGGAGAAAUUAAGAAAAAUAUUUGAAGAUCAUGAGCCAUUCUUGCAAUCCAUAUCUUCCAUCAAGACUUGUAACAUUAUUACAUCUCUCAAGACUCUAAUCCGAAGCAACACGACGAUGGUCUUAAAGACUUGGGGACAAUUCUUUGCUUUAGCAUGGAAUUCUUUGAGUAAUGAUGAAAAACCACUCCUUCAAAUUCAAAUGCAAAAAUUGGUCUCGAUCGAUUAUCACUCGAAACAAUACACCAAAUAUCCAAAUGUGAUCCAAGCACUGUUAUUGGGGAUCAACAAUGCAGUGUUGAACAAAAAGAGAGAUUUAUCCACAUUCAACUAUUUAUCUAUUCACCCAGAAACACUCAAAUUCUUAGGAAAGUCAUUCAAUGCUUGGUCUCUUACUCUUCCAUUGCUUGAAGAAGAACUACGUUUUCUAUUUACUACUGGAUCUUUUGAUGAAAAGACUGAAAAAGUGUGUCAUUCUCUGACUGAACUCUAUAGAGUAUUGAAAGAGGAUGAUAUUCUUUGUGGAAUAUUUAGAUGUUGUGAUAUUACAGAUCAUACGAAAUUGGUGCUUUCGUUAGAGCAGAGAAAUAAUUGGUGUGAAGCCCAAGAAGCACUUAAAGAAUUGAUUAACGCUUUUCAUAAAGGAAACAUUAAGAAGAAAGUUUCACACACAGAGUUACAGCUGUGGGAAGAUCAUUGGAUUAUCUGCUCUAAAAAGCUGCAACAAUGGGACGAAUUGACAAAAUUUUCACAAUCUGCUCCUGGCACUCAUGGUUACUUUAAUUUGGAAUGUUUGUGGAAAAAUGGACAAUGGGCACAAAUGAAGGAAUUGUUCCAGAAGAAUCAAUCUCUGGAAAAUCAACUCAUGAAGUUUUAUCAUAUUUCCUAUUUGAUCAUGCAAGACAAAGAAUCAGAUGCUGGAGAUGUAUUUGCAAUUUCUCAACAACUUGCUCUUCAACGAUGGUGUGCCUUACCUUCGUUUAUUUGUGGAAAUCACACCUCCAUGUUACAAUGCUUUCAACAAUUGUAUGAGUUGAAUGAGUCUGCUUCUCUUCUUAAUGACACCAAAAGACCUCUCACAACACAUGAAUUGAAAGGCUUUUUAACCACUUGGAGAGAUCGACUUCCAAACAAAUAUGAGGAUAUUACUGUGUGGAAUGACAUAUUUACUUGGAGAUGUCACUUGUUGAAGAAAGCCAUUGAAAGAUUUGAUCAGAAGGAAGAGUAUAGUCAUCACAGAGCUCUUCUUCUCAAUGAAACUAUUUGGUCUCUUCACAAAUUUGCCAAAAUAGCUCGAAAACAAAACUUUAUUGAGCCAGCAUUGAAGAUGCUUGCAGAAACUGGAAAGCUAUUACCAACGCUCACAAGUGAAACAAGUGAAGUCUUUGUUCGAAUCAUUGAAGUGAUCAAAAGUUUAAUGAAAGAUAGAAGAUACAAUGAUGUAUUGGAUUAUAUUGAAUCUGACACGAUUGCAAACACCAAGAUCAAGACCAUUCAAAAGAUGGAAAUUUUAAGAUUGAGAGGAGAAGUAUUUUCCACUUGUGGAAGAUAUGAUGAAAGUUAUCAAACAUUUGCUCAAUCUAUUUCAUACUUCCCACAAGAACAGAAAUUCAUUUCUUCUGUGACAAGUACACCUGCUUGGGGAAAGAGUUUCUUCCAAUGGGCUCUUGUUUUGGAUAAAUUAUUUGUAGAGAAAUGGAAUUCACCAACAAGACAUCAACGUCAAAAGCAAAAUUCAACCAAACACCCAACUCAGUCCAUGACAGCUCUUGAAUUUGCAGAAAAUUGUGUUGCUGCCUAUUUACUUGCAAUUCGAUAUUCUGGAGGCGCUACAAAUCAUCAAACGAUUCAAGCUUCUGGAGCUACUGUUCGACAAUAUAUUGGUCGAGUGUUGUGGUUACUUUCCUACGAUGAACCUGCUUCAAAUGAUAAGACCAAGGGUGGAUCUAAUGUUGAUUAUCCUCUUCAUAGAGUUGCUGAGAAGUGUAUUAACGAUAUUCCAGCUUGGAUGUGGAUUCCAUGGCAUCAGCAAUUGUUCACCAUGUUGCAUCGAAGGGAGUGUGAAGCUUCAAUCGCAAAGCAAUUGUUAAAGGCCGUUUUAUACAACUUCCCACAAGCUGCUUUCCAUACAUUUAGAAGUUUUGUUCAUGAUCUUCGAGAAUUGUUAUCAGGAAUUUCUAAAAAGUGUCAACCGACUGCAACUAGUACUGCUGGAUCAACCAAUCCAUCUAGUUCAGAAUCCAACCCUAACACGGCAGCUCCUUUAAGAGGUAGUAGUGCUAAUAUUCAUGUUUCAAUUAUUAAUAAGAGUGGAACGUCUAGUGGUGACUCAAAUAUUCCAGCAGGUCCUAAUGCUGUGUAUUUGGAAACAUUUACAAAGAUUAGAAGGAAACUUGACGAUAUCAUGCAUGAUGGUAACAAGGUGCUGUUCAGUGAUUUAGAAAGCAUGUUUAAGGAGUUAACCAAAUACAAAUCGGAAAGUGAGGAAGAAUUGACCAAAUCUCUCGAAUUAAUGCUUGAUAAGGCAUAUACUUUUAACAUUUAUGAAAACGCUGACACUAUGGUAGAUGAAGACUCUCAGGAAGAUGACCUUCACUUUAUUCCAAAGGAGUUGACAGAUUAUGCCAAAAGAAUUGCAGAUACGUACUUUGCAGAUCCACCUGCACAAUCUACAAAUCCUCAACCUGUUCCAAAACCUCAAUUUAUUCUUGAUUGUCAAAGCAAUGUCAUUACAGAUAUUCUUCCAAGAAAAGAAAGAAGAGACAUGGCUAAAUCUUUGAAAUAUGUUGAAAAGACAUUGGAUGCAGUGGGUCCAAGAAAUUUAUUAGAACUCACUAAAAAUCUUAAACAUUGGAUUUGUUACUUUAGACGAAAGAUUAAUCUGUUACCAACUGAGAUUGGAAUUGAAAAUCAAAAACCUAAAUUAUUGGAGCAUAAAACCAAUGUAGAAUUGGAAGUACCGGGCCAAUAUGAGCUCACAAGUGAUAGAGAGCCAUUCUCAGAAAGACAUGAAAAGAUUCUUUGUCUGUUACCUUCUGUGAGUAUGAAAGGUAGAAAGAACAAGGAGAAUGAAAGAGUUAUUGCUUUGAGAAGUGUCUCAGGAAAAGUUUUUAGAUUCUUUAUUCAAUCCACAAGCAAUGCUGAGCCACUUACUUUGAAAACAGAAGAAAAAGUCUCAUCUUUGAUAAGACACAUUAAUCGGUUAUUGGACAAGGACAGAACUGCAAGAAGUCACAACAACAUUCAUAUUGAAUAUCCUAUAACUGUGACCACAAAUCAAAGAAUUCGUCUCGUACGCAAAGAUUAUGAACUCAUUUCCUUGGAGGAUAUAUUCUAUGAUUAUUGUGAGUCUAUUGGUAAAUCUAUUGAUACUCCACUUAUUAAAUAUUGGAAGGAAAUGGACAAGGCAUGCAAAACUCAUAUCAAUGAGUUUGAGAAUAAGCUCAAUGUUUAUCAAACCUUUGUGGAACAAAGUGACAAGAUACCAGAUGAUAUUUUGUUAAAUUAUAUUAGAAGUAUUUGUCCAAGUUGGUCUGAAUUUUAUAGCAUAAGAAAGACAUUUGGAGUACAAUCAGGAGUUUAUAAUAUUUUCAGUCAUCUCUUACACACUAAGGACAGACAUCCAUACAAGAUAUUAAUAUCCAAGAAUAGCGGACAUUUAAUGCAAUUUGAUUAUAGACCUAAUAUGCACAAAUCAAGUGGUAUUAUUCAAAGAGAUGAUCCAACACCAUUCAGAUUCACUAGAAAUAUUUCUCAAUUCCUUUCUCAAUUUGGUGUUGAAGGUUAUUUGUUGAAUACCAUGUCUGCUGUUGCUUGUUCUCUCUCUGAAAAUAAGGAUUUAUUUGAAACAUUAAUGCAACUAUUUAUUAGAGAUGAAUUGAUCUCCUAUCAUAACUUUAAUGUUGAUCUGUUGAGCAAUGAGAGUAGUACACCUACUGGAGAAAAUAGAUUUUUAUUUAACGAUGAGUUGAUGAGAAGUUGCGUUCAGCAAAAUGUCGACCACAUUCUUGAAAUGGUUAGAGAAUUAGCUCCAGCCAUUCCAACUCACUUAAGCUGCAAUCCACCUCAAACAUUACCAGUGAAGAAGAAAUCAAAGAAAGAUACUGCAACCUCUGAAAGUGCAACAAGUGAAGUAUCAACACCUUCUUCCAUCACAACUCCAUCAACGCCAUCCAUGUCGAGCAGCGCAACAACCACUACUGCUACGUCAUCAAUGACUGUCACACCUUUCGCAAACGCUACCAGUCUUUUGGAUCUACCACCUCUCAAUUACAAGGUUUAUGAGCUUAUCCAACAAGCAUCUUCUGCAGAAAAGUUGUGUAUGAAAGAUCCAAUCUAUUAUCCUUGGUUCUAA